AUGCAACUAUCUCACCUCGUGCUCGUGAUUCUAAGUCCGCUCAUACUUGUGAGAACAGCAACAGGAUCGGAAGCCGCUAUGGUUCCGCAAAAUAUUAGCCGGGGUUGGGAAAAUUCUUCGGCUUCCAGUGGAGGUUCCGGUAGAAUCCGGCGUGGGAUUCGCAUAAUGUUACCACCGCCACCACCCGUAAAUAUCAACAUCCACCCUCCUUCUUGGCAUCGAAAGCAGAGUGGAACAGAAGGUGGACAAGAACAACAAUAACACUAUCUCGCGAGU